AUGAUGUUUAGUUACUUUCUCACUGUUCUUGCCGUGGUGGCUUACACUGAGGGGUACUCUUCAGGAGCCCCUGAAAGUGCAUGCCAGGAUAUGAUCCCGCGCCACCCCGUUGAGCCCCAAAAACGACCAGCUCCAUACAUCAUUACCACUAGUACCAAGGAAGUCAAGGCGGGAACUCCUAUGGAGGUCACUAUUGCCGGAAAGUCCUCCGCUGACACUAUCCGCGGUCUGAUGCUUCAAGCGCGUACUGGGGACAAAGGGGACAAAAUCGUUGGUCUCUUUACAGUGGCACCCAACGACCCACUCGCCAGGACCUUGAAGUGCAGUGCCAACGGGGAUACAGUCACUCACAAGAAACAUGACCCUAAGGAAGACAAGCAGUCCGUCACUUUCACUUGGACUCCCCCUGCGGACCUCAACGACAUCAUCAAGUUCAGAGCUACUAUUGCCCUCAACGGCGCUGUCUUCUGGGUGGGCGUCGAGUCUGCUCCCGUCAAAGUUAUCCAG